UCACCCCCUUUUAUUCACCACCACAAUAUAGUUUGCGCGCGCGAGAGAAUUGGAAUUAAAAAUCCAAAACAAACACAGAAUAGAAAUACACAAUUUCCCUCUCUCUCUCUCUCUCAAUGGAAGACGAAAACAACACCUUCGAUCCUGAUCUGAUUCACGCUAUUUUCAAGCUCGUUUGGACACGAAGAGCCCUCGAGCGAGAACGAAACGACGUCGCUGAUGCUUUGGACUGCGAGGUAGGAGCUGGAACCUCAAAGAAGAAUCGCCAAACAUCUGCUAAUGGGAAAGCAAUAAAGCUGAGUUCUGAACUUCUUCGAAUCUUCAUUACAGAGGCCGUGCAGCGUGCUGCUACAAUUGCUGAAGCAGAGGGCGCUAGUAAAAUUGAAGCAACUCAUUUGGAGAGGAUUCUUCCGCAGUUACUUCUGGACUUUUAAGUGAUGUGUGUACUAACAAUCAGCCUUUGAGAUAAUGACGGAAUAAUGAACCAGACUUUCCUGAAAGGAAAGGGGAAAAGACUGAAAAGCAGAAAGUAAUGUGAAACUUGAUUGGUUGCCUUAGAAAGCACUUCAGUCUUUUCCAAUGGAGGAAAAACUAAAAGCAGAGCAUUUACAUGGAACUUUCAUUUUAUUGAAAUCUAUAAAAUUCUUCUGGAAUGAAUAUUACAGCCUUCCCUUAAUCCCUAGUGAAGAAGACGUUACCUUGUACUGUCUCCGAGUGAUUUUAGGAUUGGGAAAACAUUCAACACAACUGUCCUAGGGCAUGUGCAUAAUUUUGGACUACAACAUGCUAAUUGCUUUUUUUUCGGAGUGAAAAAAGAAUCUGGAAUAGUGUAUUUUAGAGUUUGCACAAACACACUUCUAAUCUGACUUUUCUGGAGUAAGAGGCUUCUGGUUGGAAGUUAUAAUAGAAUGCCCCUUAGAUAAUCUGUCUAGUUGAUAUAAUUUCUGCUGAAGACCAGUGUAAGGAUUUAUCUUGACCCCUGUAGUUCUCUCUAUGUCUCCAUUAAAACAGUAGUUUCUUUUUGUUUAAGUCUGGCUUAAACCUGAUUGUGCACAUGGAAUUUUUCUCAUAACCAACAUUUAUCAUAGUUGCACAUUGAUAGUCUGGCUUAAAAUUUGAACAUGAAGUGCUCAUUAUUUAAACUGUUAAUAAGAAAUAAAUAUUAAACAUUGCACUUCAUUCUAUAUAUAAACUUAAAUAUUUUCCUUUACUUUAUGAGCCACUAUAUUUAUAGCCUAAAGCAGCAUAUGCUAUUUAUGCUACAUUUUUGACAUACUAUCAUUUUGGUUUACAUUGUGUAAAUCAACA